AUGUGGUAUGACACUCUGUGCAGUUUAGGUGCCAAUACGUACAGGAAAGAGGUCUGCGGGUAUUUAAGGAGUGAGAAAAGGAAGGAAUGGAAGUUCAUCUCUGAUGACUCUGCUGAAAUCAGUGAUUUAUGCAGUAAAUUACAGCAGGAGCUGUCACUCCCCGUGGAGAGCGGUGCCCCUUCCACUCCGAUAAUAAAAAUAGCAGAAGAAAUAAAACUAUUCGCUGGUGAAGAAGUUCUUUAUGCAGGGAUUGACCAAGUAAUUAUAGAGCCAAGACAUAUGACAGAGUGUACAGAAAGUAAUACCACCAUUAAUAGUAUAAAUACAACGGACAAUCCAUUAAAAUAUAUUACGGGGUGUACAGGAAGUAAUAAAGAAAGUUCUGUUAUAAUAAAUAGUGAAAGUGAUGCAGGAGAUAAUACACAAUCAGUAAUAAGUAAUAAAGGGUUUAUUUUUUUAUAUCCGAUAGGGAUAAAGAAAAGGACUUGCCGGUUAUGCCGGGUUAGUUUAGGUGUCCACAAGCGGGUUAGGGAUAUUCUUAUACCGAGUGACAUAAGCAUUCUAUGCAGCAAGUGCUAUCAGGAUAUCCACUGGCACCAAGGGGGCAGGCGGUAUGAGCACUUUACAUACGAAAUGAAAGAGGACUAGAAUAUAUGACACAAUGUGUAAUAAGAAGUAGUGAAUGUAACUAGAAUAUAUGACACAAUGUGUAAUAAGAAACAACUCACUAUAAUUCUAUAACUUAUGGCACAUUGUCAUUGUGCAAUAAGUUUUGGACUCACUAUACCCCUAUAAUAUAAUACACAAUGUGUAAUAAGUUGUAAUAAGAAACAACAUAUCACACUUCUAUAACUUAUGAUACAUUGUGUAAUAAGAAACAACUCAUCACACUUCUAUAACUUAUGGCACACCAUGUAAUAAGUUGUGAUAACUUAUAAUACAUUGUGUAAUAAUACACUAUACCUCUAUAAUAUAUAAUACAUCAUGUAAUAAGAAAUAACUCAUCACACUCCUAUAACUUAUAACUUAUAACACAUUGUGUAAUAAUACACUAUACCUCUAUAACUUAUGAUACAUUGUGUAAUAAUUCAUCACACUCCUAUACCUCUAUAACUUAUGAUACAUUGUGUAAUAACUCAUCAUACUCCUAUACCUCUAUAACUUAUGAUACAUUGUGUAAUAACUUAUGAUACAUCAUGUAAUAAGUUGUAAUAACUCAUCACA